CGACCGCUAGGAUUAAAUGCAGAUUGCUAGUGAAAACUGCACAAGCUCGGCUGGCUUUUUCAGUCUUACGUCUCUUAACAGGAAGAUCUCGUUUGCAAAGAUACCAACAUGGCCAACCGUCAAAAAGGUUAUGGAAUGACAGCCGAAUUGAGUAGAAAGAUGAACGCCAAGUACGACCCAGUCAUGGAUGCCGAGGCUGUGGAUUGGAUUGAAAAAGUUCUGGGUGAAAAGGUUUGUCAAGGAAAAUCGAUCAAUGAAGAUGUUUUGAAGGAUGGGCAGAUUCUUUGUAGACUCGCAAAUCAUCUUGGAGGAGACAUCCAGAAGAUUAACAAUUCAAAGAUGGCUUUCAAGAUGAUGGAAAACAUCGCGAAAUUUCUAGACUUCUGUGGCACCUUUGGAGUGGCGAAAAGCGACCUUUUCCAGACCGUAGAUCUCUAUGAGAAGCAAAAUAUUCAACAGGUCAUCAAUUCAAUCCAUGCCUUGGCAAGAAAGGCCAAUUCCAAGGGUCUGAGUGUACCCAUCCUAGGCCCAAAAGAGUCGCAAAAAAACCCGCGAGAAUUCACGGAAGAGCAAAAAAGGGCAGGAGAGGGCGUGAUCGGUCUACAGAUGGGAUCCAAUAAGGGGGCUAGCCAGGCCGGCGAUACCUUUGGUCGGCCACGCCAGGUCGCAGGGAACACGUCUUACCCUACUAAAUAACUCAACACGAUCUCUGUAAGCCGCCAUUUUUAAUGAAAUAGCAUUUCCCUCGUCUGGUUUGUGAAGCUUUUGCGAUAUUUUAAUGAAUUUGUGAAAUAAAACUUUGUUUUUAAAUGUG